AUGGCAUCAAACUUGACUCCAUUCUUUGGUCAAGAUUCAACUACCCAUUUUCAAUCAAGUAGAAGUAAGACCGAUCCUGCAUGGGAGCAUGUUUCUGAAGAAAGAUAUGGAAAUGGAAGGAGAGCUCUUAUUUGUUUGUAUUGUAUAAAGAUUACAAAAGGUGGAGGUAUUCAUAGAAUGAAGCUACAUCUUGCUGGAGUGAAAGGAGAUAUUGGUCCAUGUAAAUCGGUUCCACUUGAUGUCAGAUUUCGCAUGGAAAAUUCUUUGCAAGAGUUUGUGAAUGCUAAGAAAGCAACCAAAGAAGCAGAUGAAUAUAGAAAUCCUUAUGGUCCUAAUGUGUCACAAUUUGAAGGGGAUAUGGCAGAAGGUGAAGAAGAGGUUCAAGAAAUGCAAAGUCCUAUGGCAGCUAGUAGUGGAAAAAGGAAAAAAUCAACAGUGGAUAAGUAUUUUGCACCAAGAAAUACACAAGGAGCUCAACCUUCCAUGAGGAGUGUGCUAGCUGGGAAAGAAGCUACUUGGAGAGUGGAUAUGGCGGUUGGGAGAUUCUUUUAUGAUGCAUGCAUUCCUACUAAUGUUGUGAAUUCCUUCUACUUCAAGCCAAUGUUGGAUGCUAUAUCUGCAAUUAGUCCUGGAUAUAAGGGUCCAAAUUACUAUCAGUUGCGGAUUAAUCUUUUAAAGGAUGCUAAGAAGGAAGUUCAGUUACUUGUGGACUCUUAUCGUGCAAUUUGGGCAAAAGUUGGGUGUACAAUAAUGGGUGAUGAUUGGACAGAUAACAGACAAAGAACACUCAUCAACUUCCUUGUGUAUUGUCCUGAAGGAAUAUCGUUUGUGAAAUCUAUUGAUGCUUCAGACAUUGUCAAGGAUGCAACUAAUUUGUUUCAGUUAUUUGAUGAGGUGAUUGAAUGGGUGGGUCUACUCAAUGUAGUUCACGUAGUGGCUGAUAAUGCAGCAAAUUAUGUGGCCGUGGGGAGAUUGAUUUCUCAGAAGCAUAAACACAUUAAUUAG